UAUCAAAAAAGAAAAUAGUACUAGGUACCUAGGUAUAGCAUAGGUACGUACCAUAGUAUAUCAGAAUAUGUGGUACGUACCUACCUACUUAUUGUGUAAUUUUGAUGACAUUGAUUGUUUAGGUUAUGUUUUUAUUUACUUAGACCACAACCCAUUACUACUUGGUACGUUUUACGACGAGUCGAGUCGAAGAUAUUAAAGUCAUCAUCACACCGAAAUGGUGCGGUUUAAGAACAGAUACAUUACCGUAGAAAUAAUGGCAUCAGACAUACCUGAAUUGAAACCACUGUCUUUAAAAUCUAAGAUAUUCCAUGACACAGUAUUAAACAAAAUUCAACAAUUACAUGGUGAUUUCGGAAGUGCUGCUGUGAGGACAGGAUUUUUAACAAAAUAUUGCAAUGAGAAUACAAGAAUAGCUAUUAUAAGAGUAAGACAUGGACCACACCACUUUGUGACCAGUGCUUUACCAUUUAUUACUAAAAUUGGAAAAUUAGAUAUAAGGCUAAAAACACUCCAUGUAAGCGCAACACUGAAACACAGUUUUAAAUUUAUUCAAAAACAUCAAAGGGCUUAUUUAGACAAAAUGUGGUCAAAACUGAAAACCGAGGAAGAGCAAAAGAUGUUAGAAGCAGCUGUGAUGGACUUUACAAAGACAGAUGUAGCUAUAAAUAUAGAAAACAUUUCAUAAACUAAUAUUGUGUUUAUACUUAUACACAAACAUCUAGUAUGCUCCUUAUCAUGAUCCAACCAACACUAGCUAUUAUGCUGAAGGACUAAACUAAAAUGACUGUUUAUUACAAAUUCAUACACAAAGUUUUAUUAUAUUAUUCUCAGUACAUAUUACUGUAGUUAAAUUUCUUAUCUAAAUAAUCUUUUUCAAAUGCAAUUUUUUUAACAAAGUAGUUUCUUUUUUAGGCAACUGAUCUCGACGUAACUUAGUGCAAAUUUUAUGGACGAAAUAUGUAACUUUAGUAAAUAUAUCUUCUAAAUGAGCUGUAUCAGCAUUUUCCUCUAUUACCUUGCACAAUAUUUGUAUGAAAAUUGAACCAUAUUUUUCUAAUCUAUAUGCCUCAUAGCCAGGUGCAGUAGCUGAAUAAAUUAGAAUAUCUGACUUUUUUAUGUAGUAUUUAGGAGCAUCAGCUAUCAGUUCAUGUGUCUGCUCUUCCUCAUUGACUUGGCAGGCUUGAAAAAUAACCACCUUGGGCAUGCCUUGUAAAUGCUUUGCUCCAUCACAAUCUAAUAAAUUUUCAAUUGUUUCCACUUUCACUCUUACAGAAUCAGCUGCAUAAAUAUGGCCUUUUGUUCCAUGAGACAAUAUACACAGAAUAAAGAUACUGUGGUCACGUUGAACUCGAUAUUUUAAUAUGUUUUCAAUCUUAUUAAUCAUAGUCUUGUGGUCUAGAUUAUCAUCAGUUAUGACUUCAAAGUUUAGUGCAGACAUUGUUUCCUUUAAACUUUCCUUAUCUUUUGUAGAGCCUAUGCGAGAUUGCAACUGUUUGCUGUCUGACUUAUUUUCAAUGCUGAUUUUUGAAGGAUAAAAAUGCUCCUGAUUUAUGAUGUAACAGAUGCCUACUUUAUUAGGAUUUUUAAUAUCAUAUACAGUGCUGUUCUCUACUCUUUUGUCAGAUUUUAAACUAUCAAUAUGAACAUCUUCCAUUAAUUUUUUUAUUAAAUCAAAAGAUUCAUUUAAAUCUUCUUCAUGAACUUGAUCAUUCUUAUUGCUUUCUUUAUUAUCUUGUUUGGUGUUAGAUGUGGAUGCAACAGGUGCAACUUGAUGCUGAGGUUGAAUUUUACCAGCGAAGUUGAGAGCUCUAAGCUCUUCAGAAAAUUUCUCGAGGCCAUCAAAGUUUUCAAUUAUAUCUGCUAGUUUCUCUACAUCAUAUUCAUAAGAUGUAACUCUGUUGCCAUAGUGGUUCUGUUGAAAGCUAAUAAAUUUCCUGCACAUUAGGUCUAAAAAUAUCAAUUCACAAUUUUCGUAAUCUGUAGUGUUAAUAUUAUAUGUCAACAAAGUAUUUUUCAAUUUGGAAAGAUUUUGCAACUCUAUGUUUUCACAUAAUUUGUACAAUAACUUCUUCAUGGGAUUAAGAUAAGUAUUACCACUAUCUAUCUCAAAGUUUCUUUUGAUAUCUGUAACAUUGAAACCCAAUUUUCUUAUUAUUUUAUUGAGUUGACAAGUGACCAGUGCCUCUAGAAAUUCAUGCUUCCAAGUAGUUCUGUUUUGGGCAUGUAAGGCCCAUUGAUGUAGUAAAUCUGAUGUACUUCCUCCUAUGCUAUCUUUGUAAACUCUUUCAUAUAUUACAAGACGCUGCAAAGCCGUGUCAGGGACAUCGUAAAGAAGAAACACCAUAGAUAUCAUAUCACAGGGAUCUAUUUCUUUUUGGAUUUCCGUAAUUGCAUAAAUGUUAAUUGUAUUCAUGUUUCCAAACGUGUUGUCGCUCGAGUUGGCUUGGGCAUCGGAACACAACAUUUUUCGACGAUAUCACUUAUCUAUCUAAUCAUCAGUUUCAAACUUUUAACACUCUUAAAAUAGUGUAGAAAAAUUCAACACUAAACAUAAAAUUUUCACACAAUCUCAGACCACAAGAGAGGAAAUUCGGAAUCUGAAGUCGUAUUAAAAUAGUCCUUGAACCAAGGGCCCACCCCUUGGUUUUACUGAAAUUAUGAAUAUUAUGAUGUGUGGUUGUCAAUAUUUUUUUGACCUGGGAUUUC